AUGGCCUUUCUCCAAUUCAUUCUGUGGAUUAUCCUCCCCGCAGCAGCCAUUGCGAUCCUUGCAGCACUUAUCAUCCUCUUUGCGCUCACUUAUUCCCACAAUGCUCCGAUUCCCAAAGUCCGUCGUCGGGGUACACCUGUCCACAUCCUCAUUGUCCUUGGCAGUGGUGGUCAUACCACUGAAAUGUUAUUCAUGCUAGAGAAAUACCUCGACCUAGCUACUUACACCUAUCGCACUUAUGUUGUGAGCUCGGGGGACAAGUUCAGCGCCGCAAAAGCCACACAAUUUGAGGCUCAACAUACUGCGCGUCAACUGGACCAGAACAAGAAUCUGACCGAUACAGGCUCAUUUGAUGUAGUCACGAUUCCACGAGCGCGACGGGUACAUCAAUCAUACUUGACAGCUCCCUUCACUACACUCCACUCCUUCUGGGCCUGCUUCCUCGUUCUGUGUGGACAAUACCCCGAUCAACGGAAGUUGCCCUCGCAAUAUACCUCAGCAUAUCCAGAUAUCAUACUAACCAAUGGUCCCGCUGUCUCUGUAUGCAUGGUCCUCGCUGCAAAGACUCUCCGCUUAUUUAUCUUCAUCUCCCGCCUGCUCUCCGGCCAGGGCAAGGAGAAGGGUAUCUCAAGGCUUCGGACUUUAUUUGUGGAAUCAUGGGCGCGAGUUACCACUCUGAGCACCUCGGGGGUCUUGCUGCUUCCACUGGCUGAUGCGUUUCUUGUCCAAUGGCCUGACCUAGGAGGGCGCCGGGCCUGGUGGGGGAUGAAGCCGACUCAAUACGCCGGCUGGACUGUGCUGUGA